AUUAAUUUAAUUAAUUUCAAGGUGUAAUACAAAGGAUUGAAUCUGAAUAUGAUAAAUAAAAACGAGGAGAAAAUUAGAGAAAGCGGCGCCAAGCAAAAAAAAUUCAAUGGAAAAGUUUACUUGUUUAAAGAAAUUAAAUUCUCAAUGUCCCCUUCAAGAUGAGAACUCAUAGAAGAACAAUAAUUCAACUACUAAAUAUAAAAGGGAAAACUGUCAAAUAAGCCCACCUACUCUGUACGGUAAGUCAAUUAGACCCAUGUACUCCAACAUCGAUCAUUUAAGCCCACGAAGUCACAAAAACCGACCAAUUGGCCUUUUUUGGAGGUCACCAACCGGUAAGCCUGUUUAAAGCCUACUUGGCUUCUUACGUGGAUUUUUUUAAAGCUGGCAGAGUAAUCCACCUGGAUUAUUAAUCUGUAGUCCCCCUCACCCUUAUCUACGACCUAAUCUUAUUAAUUUUCGACCACCAACCCUUAUCUCCUCAGAUUCGUCGUCCGUCGUCUGGCCGUGUGAGCUUUCCCUUAGGAAUGUCGAGUGCAUCUGAAUCUACUCCCAGCAAAGGGCGAAGCUGUACCUUAGACUACCAUCCGGCUGUGUACUGCCAUUGUGGAUUGAAAUCCCCUCUGUGUGUUGGACGGGGAAGCGGGAGAAGUUUUUAUGGGUGUCAAAAUUGGCUGGGUGCUGGUUGUGGUUUUUUCAUGUGGAAGGAUUCAGAUUCGGCUGAAAGAAAAGCGCCACUUGUUGGUAGAUUGAUGAAGACGAAUACAGAUGAUAUGAAGGCCUUGGUUUCUGGGAUUGCUGAACACAUAUGUGCUGUUGAAGAACAACUUGGAUGUGUUGUAAAGGUUGUUGAAA